GGAACGGUAGUGCCAGCACGUGAGGUGAAACCUCCAUGCAAUUGUAGAAUGAAAUGUUCUGAGAAGUACACCGCAGAAAUUCGUCGUAAACUUUUGCAAAAUCUUUUGCGAUUGAACUUUCAGAGUCAAACCCAAUUUUUAGCAAACCAUAUAGAAGUUAAGUACACGGCCAGACCACAGAAAGUAAAUUCAAGACGUAAAUACACGAGAAUGUAUAAGUUGUCUAGCUUUGGAAGAUCUACUAAAUUAUGCAAGCGUAUGUUUCAGAACACUUUCGACAUUGGUAGUAGAAAGAUACGUGAUAUGGCUGCGAAAAUUAUCGCAGGAUCGGGAGUUGCUUCAGACGAUGGAAGGCAAAACAACAGCAAUCGUCAUCCUAUUAGUCAGGAUCAUCUGGAGUUCAUCCGAAAGCAAAUAAUGUCUUUUCCCGCAUACUCCAGUCACUACUCGCGAGAGAAGUCCGAUAAAUUGUAUCUUUCUAGUGAUCUGAAUAUAUGUCGUAUUUACGAACUGUACCAGGAACAAUGCGCAAAGGAAAAUAUCAUUCCCGUGCAUUACCGCCUUGUUUUCAAAUCCAUGAACCUCAGCUUCAGGAAACCGAAGGUCGACACCUGUGGCAAGUGUGAUCGGCUCACAAUGGAGAUCAAAUUAGAGAUGGAUCUCGUGAAAAAGGGCGAGCUACAACAGUUGCUUGAUUGUCAUCAAAUCGCCGCUGAUAAAGUUUAUAAAGAAAAAACGAAAGACGUGGCGCUGGCAAAAAUUGAUGCAACCUUGAGAACAUCGUCAUUUGAUCUCCAGAAACAGUUGCCGACGCCUUACCUUAGUAACGGUGAAGCAUUUUAUUGCAGGCAACUGUAUACCUAUAACCUAACCAUUUUUUCUACUUAUGCCGGAGAAAAUUCAGCGUACUGUUAUUUAUGGGACGAGACGAAAGCUCGCAGAGGCUCCCAGGAAAUUGGAUCCUGUCUGUUACAAGAUUUGAAUAAGUUGCCAUCCUCGGUAGAAACGAUGAUUCAUUAUAGUGACCGGUGUUUCGGUCAGAAUAAUAACAAGACUAUUAUUUUCUUGUUUCCACAUUUUAUUGAAGAGUGCGUAAAACAUGGACGAAAGUUGAAUAUAUAUCAUAAGUUGAUGGCUACUGGACAUAGCCAUAUGGAGGUAGAUACAGUUCACGGUGCCAUCGAGAAAGCAAAAAAGUGUACUACAAUGAACAUCGAAGUCCCACAUCACUGGGCUUUACUUAUAAGCGGAAUUCGCCGCAAAGUUCCUUUUAACGUAAUUGAAAUGGAACAACGCGACAUGUUGAAUUUAAAAUCGUUAGAUCAGCGGUAUAGGAUCCCUAAAAUGUCGCUCAAUAACAAACCGUUUCGCAUCAAAAAUACAAUGGUUUUUUACUUUUCCACGGAAUUCCCAGGGCAUGUGCAAUUCAAAGAACAGGUAACUGACGAGCAAUUUGAUAGAAUUCAAAUCUUACCUGAUGUCGAGGUACUGGAAAACGUGGAACUUAGACCAAUCACUAACAUACCUUUAGAACUAUCCAGCGUUAAGCUAGACUGAUGCUGUACGUGAAACAAAAAGAAUACUACGCCACAUUCCUUAAAUCAUUGGUUGCGGCGAAGAAAGGACGACGAGCUAAGAACGCUGUAACGGACCAUUUUGAGGCUGAUUUGGAUCUUCUAGAGGACAGUGAU